UUUCAUCCUAUAAAUCCAAAACCAUUCUUAAAAACAUUAAUAAAUAAAAAAGUCAUAGUUCGUUUAAAAUGGAAUAAGACAGAGUAUAAAGGGACACUUAUAUCGAUAGAUAAUUAUAUGAACUUACAGUUGGAUCAUACUUCUGAAAUAUUAUAUGAAGAUAAUGACAGAAAGGAAGAAUUGAUUGGAGAAAUAUUUAUUAGAUGUAAUAAUGUAUUAUUUAUAAGAGAAGAUUUGGUC